AUGCAGGCGGUGGUGGCGAACGGCGGCGGCGGGGACGUGGUGCAGAAGCCGCAGCAGGUGGUGGCGGCGCCGCCGCCGCCCCAGGCGGCGCUGCCGCCGCCGCCUCAUUGGGUGGCCAUGCCGUUCGCGCCCCCGGGGGCGGCGGCCAUGGUAAUGCAGCACCAGAUGGCGCCGGCGCCGCCCCAGUUCGCCCCGCACUUCGUGCCGUUCCACGCGGUCGGCCCGCCGCCGCCGCCGCAGCCGCGGGCGGCGCCGCCGCCCGUGGCCGUGGCGAUGGGCUCCCCGGCGCCGCACGCGCAGGGCGGCGGCGGCGGGCAGGAGGAGAACAAGACCAUCUGGGUCGGCGACCUCCACUACUGGAUGGACGAGAACUACCUCCACAGCUGCUUCGGCUACACCGGCGAGGUUGUAGCAAUAAAGGUUAUUCGUAAUAAGCAAACUGGACAAUCGGAGGGUUAUGGAUUUGUAGAGUUCUACAGUCAUGCUGCUGCUGAGAAAGUACUUGAAGGAUUUGCUGGUCAUAUAAUGCCAAACACUGACCAACCUUUUAGGAUAAAUUGGGCAUCAUUUAGCAUGGGGGACAGACGUUCAGAUAUUGCUUCAGAUCAUUCCAUAUUUGUAGGCGACCUUGCUUCUGAUGUCAAUGAUACCACAUUACUAGAGACUUUCUCCAAAAGGUACUCCUCUGUCAAAGGUGCGAAAGUUGUUAUUGAUGCUAAUACUGGUAGAUCAAAGGGCUAUGGUUUUGUGAGAUUUGGAGAUGAUAACGAGAAGACACAUGCCAUGACUGAGAUGAAUGGUGUGUAUUGCUCUACCAGGCCAAUGAGAAUUGGCCCUGCAACUCCCAGAAAAACCUCAGGUACUUCUGGACCUACUGGUUCAGCUGCUCGAUCAGAUGGAGAUUUGACAAACACAACUGUAUUUGUCGGUGGGCUUGAUCCAAAUGUUAGUGAAGAUGACCUUAGGCAAACAUUUUCGCAAUACGGUGAAAUUUCAUCGGUAAAGAUCCCAGUUGGGAAACAGUGCGGCUUUGUGCAGUUUGUUCAGAGGAAGAAUGCGGAAGAUGCAUUGCAAGGACUGAACGGAAGCACCAUUGGGAAACAGACCGUGCGUCUUUCGUGGGGACGCAAUCCAGCAAACAAGCAGUUGAGGAGUGACAAUGGCAGUCAGUGGAACAACGGGAUGUACUACGCAGCCUCGCCGUUUUACAGUGGAUACGGCUACCCUGCACCGUUCCCUGCUGAUCCGGGCAUGUACGCUGCUGCUUAUGGCGCCUACCCGUUCUACGGAAACCAACAACAAGUGAGCUAAGAGGUCACUUGUGCUUCACCUCAAACUGGAGCUAGGCACGCAAGCAUUAGCAGUAGCUCUUGCUAGAAGAAAAAAAGAACAAGGUAGACGACGGUUUCCUAGGUCAGCUAGAUGCAGUCACUGGUUAUGUAAAGUACAUUACUACACGAACUAGCUAGCGCCACUAAGCCGCCCUAUUGACUGGCCAUGGUCUGCUGAACUCUUCUUCCAGAAAAGAAGUUUUGACCUGGAGCUGCACCUUAUUGAAGUAGAACAAUAAACUAUUCAAAUACCUACUGUGCGCUAUCUGAUCUUUUUUUUUU